AUGGAGAAGCUCGUGCAUUCGUUGCGGAAUCUGGACUUGGCCGUACCUAACGGCGAGCAAAUUGUAGCUCUCAUCGAUGCCGAUCCACGAGCGGAAAAGCAACUGGCGCAACAAUUAGCUGUCCCUGUUAGAAUUGAGUUGAGUGAGGAGGACGCAGGGAGCGCUGUGAUGGAUGCAGCGCUCAUGAGUGGCGCCACGGAAGCCAUGCUGGAAAACUAUAACACAACUCUAAAGAAAGAGACUGAUAUGCUUGUAAGAGAAGUGGAAAACUUAAAAAAACCUAUCAAGCUUAAGCGUGUUCCUUUAAAGGCGUUACUAGCCGCACAAGAUGCGACCAUUCGGCGACGUGAAGUUGAACGAGCCGCUGGCACGUCAGAAAAUGGACGCGUUUAUAUACCCCGUCAAAUUAUGGACACGGAACACACGUAUUGCUCUGAGCGUCCGUUGUCUGAGCUUUCCCGCAUUGAUUGGGAUGACCUGUGUGCACCAAAGCGAUUCGAGCAUAAGUACCUGCUAGUACAGGUGGCAUCGCGGCUAGCCUUGUAUGCCAGCUGUUCAUUUGUGGGUGUAACACCGAAUGGUGGGGCAUUGCCUGUGAGUAUCGCGCACUUCACGCCCAAUUUGCAUUUGCAUGGCCCAGAGCUUGAUGCACUCUUGCCUGUUGGGACUAAGCUCCUGAUCAGGGAACCGUACUUGAGUCAGCAUUACCUGGGUGUGGGUGGACCUAUCACUGGAGAUAAGGGUGUAGUAGGCGUGCGUGUCGACACACCCUCGGACGUGCAUGUAUUGGAUGAUGAUGCGCCUGUAUUGCGGGGUGUGACAUGGACACACGACCUGGAUGCGCCCAUGCCUUCCGAUGUCUUGUGGCGUCAAGAGGGUCCAGUCUCGAGAGCGCCGUCUCAUGCGGCUCCGUUCAUCUCUCGUGAGCGCGUUCAAUCUGCUGUCCGUGCUCUGCUGGACCAAGAAAGGCCAGGUGCUGCAUGGCGUGAAGUGCGCGCAGCUGAGCGGUACGGUAUAUGGGGCGCGUCCUUGGAAGAUACCCUUCUGCAAGUCGAUGUGCUUCUUGCCUUGGGUCAGUACGACCAGGCACUAGAACGUCUACAGCAUGCCCCAGAUUUGGAGGAGUCUGUACUUCAACGCCGCCAGGCGGCUGAAGUAGCUCUCCGACUCGGGCGUGGUGGCCCAUCUGACACGGAUCUACACGAGAUGUUUCUAUGCACGCUUCAUGACCCGACGCCACGCUUUGCGUAUGCAGAGUACGUGGGCCCCGUAAACGUCCAAGAUAUUCCUGGUGCAGGUCGUGGCCUCGUGCUGACGCGCGACGUAGAAGAAGGUGAGCUUCUUCUCUUUUGUCGGGCCAUAGGCAGCGCUUAUGCCAAGGACCCUGCCUGCGACGGUCUGCCACUCCUACGCUGUAAUCCCGAUGUGGGUGUCACAAGCACCACGACACAAGUACUAGCUGCGACCCGAUGCAUUCAUGCUAUUCUUGACCGCCCAGAACUUGCGCGCAUAUUCUUGGGCUUAACAGCAGGUCCGCAGACACCAUGUUCGCGGUAUGUAUAUGAGCCAUACCCCCUGCAUAAGCCGGCUGCCAGUGACGUGUUGGAGCCUGUAUAUGUAUCGGCGCACUAUGUAAACAAUGUAUUGCGCUUCAAUGCAUUUGGACCAGCUGCUGUGCCAGCCGCCGAGGCUGGCAAUGAUCCCAUGUCCCGGUCUACGAUGCCGCACCCUCUUCCUGCCAUUCUGAAUCAUGCCUGCCUACCGAACGUGUCAUCCGUCUUCUUUGGUGACUUUGUCACAACUCGCGCUCUGCAUCCGCUUCCCAAAGGCACUCAGAUCAUGCAUCAGUACGUCCAAGGUGAACUGCCCUACGAUGCGCGACAGGCCCAGCUGUCGAAGCACGGGUUUAUUUGCACAUGUAGGCUGUGUGCUCUCGAUGUCGCCGAUGGUGUAGAACAGCGCAAGCGCCGCGAAGAAGUGUUUGCGCGCGACUGGCCACCGCUUUUAGAGCGCAGUCGUGCCCUCUUCAAGGGCCGUGCGGACUCUGAGGCUCACAAAGACAUGGCUGAGGCGCUCUUGGCUGCCGCGAGCACACUGGAGAGCACAUACGCCCCAACCCGUGGUGCAUUGCGGCCUGACAUGGUCGAUGUAUGGUACCGCGUGGCCAUGCAUGUUCGACAGUACGACGUGCCACAGGCUGUACGACUUGCUCGCCAAAGUCUUGAAGCGACGGGUGCCGUCAUUGAACCGUUUCAGCCAGGUAAGCGCCACGUUUCACACUUGCCGGACCUGCACUUUGAUGGCGCGAUACGCAGUAUGCUCAUGCUAUUUGACACGCAUUGGCAGCGCCACGAGGCGGAUGAGGCCCUGGCCUGGAUCGACGCGGCUCUACAAACCCACAUGUGCAUGAUUGGCGGCGGCCGCGCUCUCUUUGUACAGCGCUGGGCACACGGAGACUAUCCUCUUGAUGCAUGGCUUGCUACAUGUUAA